AUGGCACAGAAGGUAUUGGUAUGGCGCCACAAUGAAGAUACCUUGUUUGAUAACGAGCCCCUCAUCAUAGAAUUUGAGGAUCUGUUCUUGCGGGAACCAGACAUCCCGCGGGAAGUCAACGUUGACUUAGACAAGGGCAAUCUGCAGCGCCUUGCCGAGAACAUCUGGCUGGAGCAGGGGUUCAUGGAGUAG